AAAUAAUUAAGGAAAGUAACUAGAAGAAACAGUUGGUACGACGACGACGCCAUAUCUUCCGGCGUCCGGCGUCUACAAACCACGCGCUAUCAAGUGUCGCCUAUUAAUUUUUGCAAAAUCAUAACAAAAAUGUCGUACAAGGGACCACAAAAAGUCCAGAAGGUGAUGGUACAGCCCAUCAACCUUAUAUUUCGCUAUCUGCAAAAUCGUUCGCGUGUGCAAGUUUGGUUGUUCGAGAACAUAAACCUCCGUAUAGAGGGUCACAUCGUCGGGUUCGAUGAGUACAUGAAUUUGGUACUGGACGACGCGGAGGAGUACCAUAUGAAGACGAAGAACCGAAAACCACUCGGACGUAUCAUGUUGAAAGGCGACAACAUAACAUUAAUACAAAAUACGAAUCCAGGAGCGAAUUAAGUAUAGAAGCCUGAUCUAACCUCCAAGGACAUUCUGGGAAGAUCAACAAAUGUAUUUUUUUCGAUGUCUCAUUUGAAGAUUAUGUGUGUGAAUUGUACGCAUGAAUAAAGUGAUGACAUAAACAUUAAACGAGGACAAUGCUAACACCAUAGAUGUUAUAAAUGUGACACGUAACACAAGACAAUUAGGAUGAACAAUGAUAAAUUGACUAGUACCAAUUGUCACUGAAUAUCAUAGUCAUGUUAUAAUGACGAUAUUGUUCUGUAAUGGGAAACGAAUUUGUUAUCAUAACUUUGUAUUUCUGAAAGGAUCCAGGACAUUUGUAUGUUAGAAACUGUACCUACAGAGUCUGCUCAUUCCAAUGAAAAACUGCAAUACAUGUUAGACUCGUGCAUACAAUAUUCAUUGUACUGACUUUUGUACUAUUGUUUAUCCUUUAUGGAAACUGCAGAUGUAAAUAUUACAUGAUGGAACAGUUAUUGUAACGGAUAUGGAAUUGACUUAUGCUUAAUAAAUAUUUUU